CACCACCUCGUCACCGUCUUCCCCUCUCACAACUGCACCAAAACUUACGACCAGCUUGAACAAAAAUGUCCGCCCCCAAGCCCCUUCACCCCGAGGUUCUCUACGCCGAGCGCUCGUCUGCGACUGAGCCGGAGAAGAACAUCAUCUACUUGACUUUCAAUGUGCCCAACAUUCAGGGCGAGCCCAACCUUGACAUCACUGAGGAUCAGAUUUCGUUCUCCGCUUCGUCGGGAAACCCCGAGAAGGGUAUCCCCGUGAAGGAGUGGAGCUGUGACCUUGACCUCUACGCCAAGAUUGUUCCUUCUGAGACCAAGAAGCAGCUCAACUCUCGCCACCUCAUGCUCGUGCUCCGCAAAAAGGAGGCCCAGGCCGAGUACUGGCCGCGCCUGACCAAGGAGAAGCCGAACCGUAACUGGAUCAAGACCGACUUCUCCAAGUGGGUCGACGAGGACGAGCAGGACGGCGAGGAGGAGGUCGACACCGGUGGCAUGGGCGGCAUGGACAUGGCCUCCAUGAUGGGCGGUGGCGGCAUGCCCGGUAUGGGUGGCAUGGGCGGCAUGCCCGGCAUGGGCGGUAUGGGUGGCAUGGGUGGCGGUCCCGGUGGCAUGGACAUGGCCUCUCUUCUCGGCGGGAUGGGCGGCGGUGCCGGCGGCGCGGGUGGCAUGGACUUUGCCAAGAUGAUGGAGCAGAUGGGCGGCGCCGGUGGUAUGCCCAACUUUGACGACGAGGACCUGGAGGAUGUUGAUGAUGCUACCCCGGACAAGGCAGAGGGCAAGGACGCUGGCAAGGACGCCGGCAAGAAGGCCGACGCUGCGGUUGAGGAUGUUGAGUAAGAAGUAGCAUGUUUUCGAUACAGCAUGUAGUCUUUCCUGUUAUGUAUCACUGGAUAGCAGGUGUGUGUUAC